UCAAGCAAGUUCCAGACACAAGCAAAAACCUACAAGAAAUGUCCUUAAAUACAUGUGCCUGUGGCUAUGGCUGUAGCUGUGUGGGUAAGCCAAAAACCGAUGAGGAGCAGCCAGAGAAGCAUGACUCAACCAGCCGUAAAGCUGCCCAGAAAGAACCCACAAAGGGAAAGUCCAAGGGAAAGUCCAAGGAGCAGCCCAAGCACCAACUGCCAGAGUCAGCGCACACGUCCGACGAUGAGAAGGAAGGUUACCGAUACGGACACUUGGUUGGACGACAGCUGACCCCGUACGAGUGCCAGCUGGAGGACGAAGUGCAGCAGCUGCAGGAGGCCCUCUUCACACUCACAUCGCACUAUGCCAAGGUGCAGUUCCGCUUGCGACAAAUAGCCGCCGCCUCGGACUCGGAGCGGAUUGCGCUGCUCAAGGAGCUGGAGCGCAUGACGAGCGAGCCACUGGAUGGAUCUGCUCGAGACCAGCAGGAAAAGCUGCCCACGCUGCAGUCGGACGCCUCGACAAUGGGCAGUGUGCGGAUGAAGCAGCACAAGAUCAUUGCACAGCUGCGGGGACGUCUCCAGAACUUGGCCGCUGCGGUCGACGAUUACUUUGUGACGGACAGAAAGGGGCAGAGUCGUGGCGAGACCACGGGAGACAGUGCUGAUGGAUACGAAGAGGAUUAUGACUGGGAUGCAGAAGAACUGCAGGGCAAUGCAUCCAAAGGCACGUUUCUCUCCGAGGCAUGGUCGGACACCAUCUACGGGGACACCGAUAAUGAUGGGCAGUCCACGCGUUCCAAGUCAAAGUCGAAGCAUCGCAAAGGUAAGGGCAAGAGCAAGGGAGGCAAGAACGCCCUAGGGACACAAAAAGCGCAAUCAGGGCAUGGCGACGCCGGCGACAGACAUUCCCGUGGCGAAUGUAGCAAAGAUUGUCCCUCGUACAAAGCGCGCAGAAAGAGUGGUUCAGCCGGAAGAAGUUCACCCAGAAAUACGUCCAGCAAGAAGGAUGUCUCCCCGAAUCCCGGUAGACUCUACUCUGUCUUACGUGAAACUCAGUCGCUGCCGCACAACAAACGACACACGGGCGAUGGGGUGGCCGUCAAAAAGGUGCGAUCUACAGCCAAGAAUCACUUAGAAGCAAUCCCAAAGGGCAGCCCCAGAGCCGCAAAUCGGAAACAAAAAGCAAGUGCCACUCCCUCUGAAAAGUUGGCCAAAGGUUGGCCACUCAGCUGGCAGUAUCUACGACUGGACGAGGGGCCCUGUACCAAAAGCUCGACGAAUAUUGAGAGCUCCAGCAAUUUGUGUGCCGCAGCCAGCAGCAAGCCUGAUGCGUGGAGCGAUGUCCGGCAGUCAAAGCAAUCGCUCAAGAAAUCAUAAAUCCAGAGUUUGAAAUUCUAUAACAAU